AUGCGAUCACUCUUUGCAGCGCUUUUCUGCAUUCCUCUCGGCUUCGACACACUGGAGGCCAGGCGACGCGGAUUUGAUGCCCGCGGUCCCGAGGAUUCACCUCCUUCGCAUGCCCAGCUCAAGCUUCAUGUUGUACAGCUGGAGGAGGUAGUGAGCCAAGUGCAUGUCUGGACCUCGAAAGUGGAGGCUGAUGUUCUGAGCCUGAAUAAGCGGAAGGAGGAGCUGGAGCGCCAAAACGAGGCCCUUGCACAGCGCCCGGAGCUGGAAAAGCGUGUGAAAGAGUUGCAGGCCGAAGUCCAGCAGCUGCGCCAGAGAACGCAGGAGUUGGAGAAAGAGAAGGAGGCCGUGGCCUCGGAGCGCCAGCGCCUGGAAGAGCAACUCACCGAGAGCCAAGCAAAUUGCACUCGACUGGAGGAAGAGUGCAGACAGCAUGCGGCGGAGAGAGAAAGAAGGGCGGAGUUGGAGAACCAGCAGGCAGAUGUUGCCCGCUCCUUCGCAGAGCUGCAGGCUGUCGUGGCUCAGCUCUUGCCAUGGCUUGGGGAGCUCGACACGCAGCGCAGUCGCCUCUUGGAGGAGAAGGGGCACGCGGAGGCCAUGGCGACCUCCCUUCGCUCAGAGCUGCAGAGGUGGCGCAUGUUGUGGGGCUCUGUGCCGAGUACGGCCGUGAGCGACGCAGCUUCACGGCCGUCCUCUGCUGGGCGCAUGGCCCCGGCCGCCCGUGCUGGUCGGCGGGGUCCAGGCAACCAGCGCAGGGCCGCAUCAGCUGCCGGUGAGAAGCGCGGCGAUACCUGGAAUCGACGACCGAGCCCUUGUCGGUUAAGGCUCUCACCCGAACGCCCUGACUGGGCCGUCACGUGGCCUCCGAACAAGGAAGGUGCCGCAACACCAGGUGCGAGUGAGGUGCUUGCAGCCCUCAGUGCCGAGCUGGCGAAAGCGGCUAAGGCCGCACCUCCUGCCGUGGGCAGCACAGCAGCUUCUGUGCAGAAGCAGCUCGCGCUCCAGCUGCAGGAGCUCCUCGCACCGGCAGCCAAGGGCGCAGGUGCCAUGCCCAAGGCUGCAGCAAAGGCACCAGUGUCCGAGCCUGUGGCAGCGAACGCUGCAGCGCAGCCGUCUUCACCAACAGGCGGCGCAGAGUCGGCUCCAGCGCGUGCAGCUUCGUAA